AUGAAUAGAUUUGAUCUUCUUAUACUGCUUUGUUUUUUGUGGUCAUUAUCAUUUGUUGAAACCAAACGACGAGCGUCAUCUCAAUCACAAAACAAUCUAGGAGAUUUUUGUAUACCUGGAACAUGUAUAAGUUUGAACUCCAAUUGUAAACGUGUUGGUGGAAGUGCUUUUCGAUGUGUUUGUAAAGAACAAUAUAUGUCCGUGAAUAAAACCCAUUGCAUUCGAGUGAUUAAUUCAUCGAUUGAUUCAGUGUGUAAAUCAUGCAUUGAACGUGGCGGUAUUUGUUUGGAUGAAGAUUCAGACAAUCAUAUGGAUAGAUGUUUCUGUCAGACUGAUAGUGAUCUAUGCAAUGGUAUUACAACUUCUUCUUCUUUAUCAUCAUCAACAAUCAUAAUGGAAUCUUCAUCGAAAAGAAGUUCUAUCAAUAUUCCGAUGGUUCAGUUACCACCAGAUCGAUCCAGUAAGCAUGGUGAACUUCUACUCGGUCUAUAUGAUAUAACUCAACAACGUACCAUUGAAAAUGGUGAUUCAGUCCUAAUCGGCGAUCGUCUUUUCAUGGAGAUCAAGUAUCGAACAGUUGAACAUGAUUCUGAUCGGCAUCAAAUCAUUGCAGAAAAUUGCUCAAUCGCUUCGAGUGUAUCUGACAACACUGCUAAAUUAGAAAAGCUUUCUUUGAUAACAAACCGUUGUCCAUCGUUAGAUUCUCGUGUCGCAGUACGUUUUCAACGUCUGGAUCCGACACAUCUGAAAAGCACUGUUUUUCAAAUACAAAAGUUCGAAACAACAUCAGUCGUUUAUUUGCGCUGUGCAAUAGCAAUGUGUUCUGGUCGAACGGAAUAUUGUCAAGAACGUUUGUGUCCGGAAACACGACGAACAUCUGCAUUACAUCAACCAUCAUUGCAUGCACUCAAUUCAUCGGUGAUAUUACCGACUGAUUCCGCACCGUUUGAUUAUAUUGACGAAGAUGGUGCAAGCGUUAUUGCACUGCGACGACGACGAAGACGAAGUAGCUUUGAUGAAGAGCAAACAAAGAAGAAAUUAGAGAAACUUAUAUCUGAUCUAACUUGGUCAAUGGAUCAACCAUCAUCGUCUCAAACCGAUCACAUCGACGCAGAGAAACCUGUUCAUUAUGAAAUUCUUCAAAUUCAACAGCAAUUUACUAUCGAAGCACCUCUACCUCAACCGGCACAUAAAUAUCGAGGAGCUUAUGAUGCUUUGUAUGGUCGGACCUCAUUACUCACUCAAGGUGCUCUGGAACGAUCGACAGUCGUUGCGACAAUAUCGAUUAUAUUUAUUAUUGGAAUUUCGAUUUCAUUAUUCGUUGUCUAUCGUGCAUGUUAUAUUGAAUAUGUUCAACGAAAUUAUAGUUCAUCAUCCUUCAAUGGUUUCAAUAAUAGUGGCGAAUCGAUCUAUGGUGGAAUGAGAAGCACUGCACAAGCAUGUCGGUAUGAUAUGGGACGUCGAUCGGAACAACGUUUUGACGAGAGUUUUUUUGUAACUAAUGUUGAACCAUUAGGAGCUUAUCGACGACAAUAUUAA